CCUUCCUUCCGCGCAUGCGCCAUGGACGCAGCCGGGGGGGAGCCGCGCUCAGCUGGACGGCGGUGGCGGCGGGCGGGUGUGGAAACGUUGCUGCCCGUUGAGACCCCGUAGGAUGUUCCUCUGCACGACCAGCUGCCGCAUCCCUGCUUUUCCUUCUUUGCCUCUUGGUGCCAUGAGCCCACGGCGUCUUCUGUGAUGUACUCCCCGGAAUGCAAAGCGGAGGUGACCCCCUCGCACAACGGCAACCGCACCUUCAGCUACACGCUGGAGGACCACACCAAACAGGCCUUCGGCAUCAUGAACCAGCUGCGCCUGAGCCAGCAGCUGUGCGACGUGACCUUGCGGGUCAAGUACCAGGACCUGGCCCCGGCCGACUUCCAGGCCCACAAGGUGGUGCUGGCCUCCUCCAGCCCCGUCUUCAAGGCCAUGUUCACCAACGGCUGCCGGGAGCAGGUCAUGCAGGUGGUGCCCAUCGAGGGCAUCCACCCCAAAGUGAUGGAGCGCCUUGUCGAGUUCGCCUACACCGCCUCCAUCUCGGUGGGCGAGAAGUGCGUCCUCCACGUCAUGAACGGCGCCGUCAUGUACCAGAUUGACAGCGUGGUCAAAGCCUGUUGCGACUUCCUGGUCCAGCAGCUGGACCCCAGCAACGCCAUUGGCAUUGCCAACUUCGCGGAGCAGAUCGACUGUACCGAGCUGCACCAGCGGGCACGGGAGUACAUCUACAUGCACUUUGAAGAGGUGUGCAAACAGGACGAGUUCUUCAACCUCUCGCAUUGCCAGCUGGUGACGCUGAUCAGCCGGGACGAGCUGAACGUCAGGUGCGAGUCGGAGGUCUUCCACGCCUGCAUCAACUGGGUGAAGUACGACUGCGAGAACCGGCGCCUCUACGUCCAGGCGCUGCUCAAGGCCGUGCGCUGCCACUCGCUGACGCCGCACUUCCUCCAGAUGCAGCUGCAGAAGUGCGAGAUCCUCCGUUCGGACUCCCGCUGCAAGGACUACCUGGCCAAGAUCUUCCAGGACCUCACCUUGCACAAGCCUACCAAAGAUGCCCCCUGCCGGGCGCCCAAAGUGGGACAGCUGAUCUACACCGCGGGGGGCUACUACCGCCAGUCCCUGAGCUAUCUCGAGGCCUACAACCCUUCUGAUGGCUCCUGGAUCCGGCUGGCUGACCUCCAGGUGCCCCGCAGCGGUUUGGCCGGCUGUGUGGUGGGGGGGCUGCUCUACGCAGUGGGCGGGAGGAACAACUCCCAGGACGGCAACAUGGAUUCCAAUGCCAUUGACUGCUAUAACCCCAUGAAUAACCAGUGGUCCCCUUGUUCUCCCAUGAGUGUGCCCCGGAACCGGAUCGGCGUUGGGGUGAUCGACGGCUUGAUCUACGCUGUGGGCGGCUCUCACGGAUGCAUCCAUCAUAACAGUGUAGAAAGGUACGACCCAGAGCGUGAAGAAUGGCAGUUAGUGGCACCCAUGCUGACACGUCGGAUUGGCGUGGGGGUGGCCGUGUUGAACCGCCUCUUGUAUGCGGUGGGGGGCUAUGACGGCACGUGCCGCCUCAGCUCAGCAGAGUGCUACUACCCCGAGCGGGACGAGUGGGAGAUGAUCGCCCCCAUGAGGAGCAUCCGGAGCGGAGCAGGGGUUUGCGCCCUGAAUAACUGCAUCUAUGCCAUGGGAGGCUAUGACGGCACGGACCAGCUGAACAGCGUGGAGCGCUACGACGUGGAGACGGGCACCUGGUCCUUCGUGGCAUCCAUGAUUCAUCGACGGAGCGCUCUGGGGGUCACGGUGCACCAGGGCAAGAUUUAUGUGCUGGGUGGCUACGACGGAGAGGCCUUCCUGGCCAGUGUGGAAUGCUAUAACCCCACCACGGAUAUUUGGGCUGAGGUGACACACAUGACCUCGGGGCGCAGCGGAGUGGGCGUGGCUAUCACCAUGGAGCCCUGCCGGAAGCAGAUGGACAAGGACUGCAACUGUCAAAGCAACAAGGAAGGAAAAUGACCCGAGAAAGGGUCCAGUAUUAAGACACUGCUGCUACGACAUCUUUUUCUGCCAGAAUAAGGAGAGGGUGCCAAGGACUUCCAAACCUAUUUAAACUAUAUGGGAGGCAACUCGAUGCAAGGAACAGCCCUUAAUUUGUGCUUCUGUUUGUCAGGAUAGUGACAGCUGCCAAUCACUGUGGCCUCCGCAUGUCGGUCCGGACCUUGGGGUUUGACGCAUCGUGCCCCGAAGCAACACCAAGGACUACCCAAAAGGCGCCCACGGCACAUUAUUGUCGCAGUCUGUUGAAAUCAAGCAUUGACUGACUGAGCAGGGAUUCCUGCUUCUGAGGCACCUGAAGGGGUAGGUUGGCGGCGGCUGAGUCAUUGAGCGUGGACUCCAAUUCUCUGUCUCCUAGCAAAUUCUUAGGACGUUUAAGGUGCAAAGGAGAGAAAUGCUCCGAGUGGGAGGGGCAGGCUUUUUUGUACAUGAUGGAUGUUCUUGCAGGUAAGUGACAGCAUCAGUGGAAGCAUGGACAUUCAGGUGAGGCCCUGCCUAAGCUGUUUUGAUAUCAGUCCCUACAGGGAAUUAUCUGCAGGUGCCUACCUGGCUGAGGUUUUGGGGGUGGGAGUUCUAUUGUGGCAGUUCUGCACCCAGCAAGAUACAAAAUGAAGUGGGUUUUUUUCCCCCAAGUACAACUUUUCACAUGAAUACAAUAAAACACUUUUGUGAUUAGUA